GGGCAACAUCAGACCGAGAUCUAUGUCGGGGAUGACGAUGGACAUCUUUGAGACGCACCAAGGAACACACAUCCUGCAGAGCCUCGACGGGUUCGCCUUCACGCUGGCGGCUGACGGCAGGUUCCUCUACAUCUCUGAGACCGUCUCCAUAUACCUCGGCCUCUCACAGGUGGAAAUGACAGGAAGCAGCGUGUUCGACUAUAUCCACCAACAAGACCAUCAGGAACUGGCGGAUCAGUUAGGUCUGACCUUAUCCACAGGUCAGCCCUUACCCUCCCCCUCCUCUUUAGGGUCAGAGGAAGGGGCGACAGGGUCACAGGGAACUAUGAACCCUGACGUGGCGACCUGUAUGGCCCUCGGCAGCACCUCACAGUUCAAGGGGUAUGACCGCUCUUUUUGUAUCCGUAUGAAAUCUACCCUUACAAAGAGAGGGUGUCACUUCAAGUCUUCAGGUUACAGGGUUGUGUUGGUUCUGGGACACCUCCGACCCCAGUAUGUGUUCAGCCACUCCCGCAAGAAUCCUCCACAACUGAUGGGUCUGGUAGCUCUCGCCAUAGCACUCCCCCCACCUUCUGUACAUGAAGUGCGGCUCGAGCCCGAUAUGUUUGUUACCAGGAUAACCUUUGACUUCAGAAUAGCACAUUGUGAACCUAAAGUGGCAGAUUUACUGGACUACACGCCUGAUGAGCUGCAAGGUCGAUCACUGUACUCCCUCUGUCACGGUGAAGAUGUUGAGAAGUUACGCAAGACACACGUUGACUUGAUCCAGAAGGGUCAGGUUAUGAGUCCAUACUUCCGGCUGUUGAACAAGUCAGGCGGCUACACCUGGAUGCAGACCUGUGCAACGGUUGUCAUUAACACUAAAAAUGGCGAUGAACAAAAUAUCAUCUGUGUUAAUUAUGUGAUAAGCAGGGCAGAAUACGAAAGUCUAGUCCUCGACCAGACCCAGCUAGACCCUGCCCUGGCUAACAUGAAAUCCGACGAUCUGGAGUACCCAAGUUCAGCCACACCCGAGCCCCCAGAAGGUGGCUCCCGGGUAGUGGGUGAGGACACAGGCGGGUCCCCAAGGUCCUCCAUCAACACUGCGGGAGGGGGCUCAGGGGGCACACGCUCCCCCAGUGGCCAAUCAGAGCCUAUCUCCACGCCACUCCGAGGUACACCCAGUGUUCCCUUAGACGGGGCUCAGAUUAAAACGGAGGCCCCUGGCGGCCUAUUGACUCCGAUGGGGAAUGCUGACGUUACGGAGGACUCGGGCGGAGGCUGUGAAGGAGCGCCAUCCCCCGGUCGUGUUUCUGAACCACCAGUUUCAACCCCAGGCACACCUCAUGCUAGAGCCACACCAAUGAUGAACACUACACCGCUAGAAUCUUCCCCCGGUACCACGGUUGCACCACCACCUCGCAGCGACGAAGGUGCCGUCAGGGACUUAGAAGCUGCCAUGACCCGACACUUGCCCGAUGAUCCGACCGAUAUUUCACAGGAUACUCUGUUGAAGAGCGGAGGCGUAUCGACUGCUAUUAGCAGUGCAGGGCAACGCUCGACUAUUCAGUGGGUAGGAGGAGCAAGUGGGCAGCAAAGUUCAGCGUUACCAGCUACUACACUCCUGAGACAACUGUAUGCCAGCCGUGAGAGUGUAAUACGCUCAUCUGUACAAAGAUCCUAUUAUUCAGAAAUGGGCUCGGCUCUCCCUACCCCACCAGGAUCUGAAGGGUACCAGGAUGCUAUGUUCAGCAAGGGACACGAGUUCCCUUAUCCUGGGGGUGGCCUAACAGGUUCUGGCUAUCCCGAUUAUCAUUCUGCCAUGACUCCACCGUCAAGCGUCUCGCCCCGCGAAAAAAUGGCAGGAGACUGCGGCGAGCUGCGAGGAGCAUCGGGAACUUACCUCGGCGAUGGGGGCGGUAUGCCUGCCCAGCCCGUGCCUCUUAAACCUCACGUAUACUCCUAUGGGUCUUCAGGAGUGCCACUAGACACUUCGGCAUACUCUGCACCUCUUGCUGACCAAGCUGGACUGUACUCUCCUUCCAGUUUCCACCUAUACCACGCGAAUACCACAAAGUCCACAUCCUCGUACGAUAGUCUACGUGCCGGGGGCUCUUGGUAUGCACCUUCGUCAUAGCAACAAUAGUUUUGAUAAUUUUCCAUAGAUCCCAGGCUUUGCCUUGCACAAAAGCCUGAUGCGUAAGAACAUCAGAGGUGAGGUGUAAGUGUGGUCAGACUCGUGGAAUCUUGAGGUUUUAAGAAGUACUGUACUCUUAUUACAAAAAAAUUAUUCUUCGGCCUGCAUUCACAGUGAAAAUGUUUUAUACAGCAUAUGCAGUCUCCAGUGAUUAUCAAGUGACCAGUGACACUAUCUGUUACUCAAAACAGUAUUUAAUAACCAGUAUGCAUAUAGGCUACUAGUGCAUCAACGUUACCUCCCAUUAUAAUAAUCUUUUCAGUAUAUGAUCACACCUUCACAGUGCG